AUGGCUGCCUGGCGACCGAGAGGCGACUGGCGAACCGAGCGCGCGGGAACCGCGCUGCAGCGGGGUUGGGAAGCUGGCAGGCACUGGCAAAGAUGUACGAUGCCCCCCCAACCCCUCCCACCGCCCUUCCGCGCCCCGUCACGCCUCAUUGUUGCCCGUUGUCGCAGAGCCACGGAAAUGAUGAUGUUCUUCUACGAAAUCUUCGUCUCGCUCAAAAACUCCAUCUCCUACUACUUCGGCUCAGUGCAAGUGGAGCCCACCCAGUGCUCACCCAGGAGGAAAGUUAGCUUGAGAAAGAGCUUGACAUUAACCAGGAAGCAAUACAUCAAUGUCGCCGUGACUGGCCCGGUAAAUUCAGGGAAGUCUACCCUGGUGGAUGCCAUGCGGGGCAUCAAUGAGGAGGAGGAGGGAGCCGAGCCCAGAGCGACCGGGGCCAGCUGCAAGGGUUUGCCACAAUCCUACAUCUACCCGGGCAACAACCGGAUCCUCCUGUGGGACCUGCCGGGCAUUGAGGCCAGCGAGAUCAAGCAGCAUGCCUACGUGGAGAAGGUGGACCUGCGCUCCUACGACUUCUUCAUCCUCACCUCCAGCGGCCGGAUGGACGACGAAGUCCUCUACCUGGCCAAGGAGAUUGCCCGCAUGGCCAAGAGCUUCCUGUUUGCCCGCACCAAGAUCGACGUCUACGUCAGCGAAACCCAGCAGCAGCACAACUUCAACCAGGGCGACCUGCUGCGGGAAAUCCGCAAGCAUUUCAGCAAGAAACUGCAGGCCAUCGGCAUCCACUUCCCGCACGUUUUCCUCCUGUCAGCCCUGGAGCCCGACAAGUUUGACUUCCAGGACUUCAUCGAGGCCUUCAACAGCCGGUUCUGAUGCCCCCACCCCACCGACCAUCCCAAAGCUACAUUGCCUCGUGCCUUCUACUCUUAUGGCAGAUAGGUUCAGGUACAAUUCUUGCUGGACAGAAACAGCCUCUUACUCCAGGAAGAGAAUUCCAAACAGCUGGACUCCUACUUCUCUGUCACCCAGCUCCAAUUACAGUUGGGCCUCGCUGCCUCGC